CCCUCCACCUGUCCAGUGCGGCAGUGCCUCGUCUUAUCCUCACCCGCUUCCCGCCGCCGGCGGCCUACCUGCAACUUAACAAUGGCGAUGGCGGCGAGGGUCCCGGCAGCGGACGUCAAUCUGUACCCCUCAUCGCCGUUUGCUGCAUCUCUCUGCCACCGCCCAGGCGACGCCGCCCUUCACGCCCCUCCCCGCGUACCAUCCAGAACUCCGCGGAGACUGGAGGAAUCCAACAGGAUCAUCUGCAGGGCUGCAGAGGAGCAGGGCGCCGGAGGAGCCAGGAGGACGAGGAGGGAGCCGCUGCGGCGGGGGGCCGUCAGCGCGCGCCUCCCGGUGCCGGACCACAUACCCCGGCCACCGUACGUCGGGGCGGACGCCAUCCCGGACGUGUGCCCGGACCGGCAGGUGCACGACGGCGAGAGCAUCAUGCGUAUGCUGGACGCCUGCGAGCUCGCCGCCCGCGUUCUGCAGUAUGCAGGAACACUGGUCAAACCGGCUGUGACGACGGAUGAGAUCGACAGGGCUGCGCACCAGAUGAUCGUCGACGCCGGCGCCUACCCGUCACCCCUCGGAUACGGCGGGUUUCCGAAGAGUGUCUGCACGUCGGUGAACGAGUGCACCUGCCAUGGAAUCCCUGAUUCUCGCGAGCUACAGGAUGGAGACAUUAUCAACAUUGAUGUUACCGUCUACUUAAACGGCUAUCAUGGGGACACCUCAAGAACAUACCUUUGUGGAGAUGUUGAUGAACCUACUAAACAACUUGUCAAGGUCACUGAAGAGUGCAUGAUGAGGGGCAUAUCGGCCUGCAGACAUGGUGCUAGUUUCAAAGAAAUCGGCCAGAGAAUAAGUGACGGCUCUGCUUGGGUUGUUUUAGUGAGCACGCGGAGAAGUAUGGAUACGGCAUCGACCCCUUCGUUGGGCAUGGCAUUGGGAGGAUAUUCCAUUGUGAACCCAUCAUAUGGAGCACAUACGAUUACGAGCCGGGUUUCAUGGUCGCAGGCCAGACAUUCACCAUCGAGCCAACGCUGUCGAUGGGGAGCACCAAGUGCGUGCUGUGGGACGACGGCUGGACGGCGGUGGCGGCGGACGGCAGCCUCAGCGCGCAGUUCGAGCACACCGUGCUGGUCACCCGCGACGGCGUGGAGAUCCUCACGGGCUGUCCGUAGCGGCAUCUGAUCAGGGUGGAAACUGCUACUGCCACCGGCCCACCGCCGAUGGACGGUUGUAAGUGUAAGUUCAGUACUGACACAGUUACAACACAAGCAAAGAGACUCCAACUCAGUCUCAGCCUCAGCCUCUUAACUGAUUGAUGCCGUGUUCCUGUGAUUGCCGAUCCGUUGCCUUGUGAUCAUAUACCAAUGCCGACAUGGACACACAAUAGUCCGGCACGACGACGGAUUAAGGGUUCCUGACACUCCUGGAUGCCUGCAUCUCUACCUCACAAUAAGUGGGCCCAUAUAUUGUAUGUGACGAAUUCUUCUUCUAUAAAAAAAAAUCUGUAAUAACAGCAUCCGUUAUGUUCGAGAAAAAAAAAUAACAGUGUCCAUUAGUUCAGUUAGCUUGGUUAGCUUAGAAACAUCAUCAUUCAAGUCGUAACUGGAUUCAAGGUUCUAAAAAACACUAGACGCUAGGCGAACGCUUGUCUAUGGUUUAGAGUUUUUUGUGAUUAAACGUAGAUUGAACAUGAUUAAACGUGUGUUGUGAUUAAACGACACUGUGAUUAAACGCAACGCUUGGCCACCGUUCAGCGUUUAAUCAAGAUUAAACGAUGUUUAAAAACGUUUUUUA